UCCUGGGGUUGGUCUCUCCGCCCGCAGCGGGAGCAGGGGCCGCGGCCUCCCCCGCCUGGAUACUCCUCCUGUAGGGCAGCGAGGAGGAGUGACCGUGCCAGCCCCCCGGCUCCCGCCCCCUCCCGGCAGCCCGGAGCUUCCUUUCCCCGCCGGCUCCGCACGCUGCCCGGCAGGCUGCAACAUCCCGAGCCCGCUGGCAGGGAGCUCAGCCACCCGUCCAGCCCCGGAUCCUGCCCCCAGCAGCAGCUUUACAGGCACCGAUCGGCUCGGUUGAAUUAAUGUCCCGGCACUAGGCGGCUGGGGAGCGCGGCGGCUGCACCCGGGAGCCUGCGCAGGGACUGGAGCCGGCCCGGGAGCCGCUGCUGCAGCGGGAAGCCGGCCCGCUCUGCUGGAGCCAGGGGAACCGGAUCAGGUGGCUGGAGUCGGCGUGGGAGCGGCCGCUGCGUAAAGGAGCCGGCUCGGGUGACAGCAGAGAGCUCGGCAUGACUCUCAAGUCGAGCCGGGGCGACAGCGUGAGCAGCAUGCGGACGGCGCUCUCUGACCUGUACCUGGAGCACCUGCUGCAGAGCCGGCCUAAGCCCGAGGCUGUCGUGUAUCCAUCAACCGCUGUGACUGAGGACAUCUACACCAACGGCUCAGCCAUGCUGGGCAGCCCAGCUCACAUGGACAGCCGGGAGGUGCGCAAGAUCCGGCUGGUCCAGUUCGAGAAGGUCACCGAGGAACCCAUGGGAAUAACGCUGAAGUUGAAUGAGAAGCAGAGCUGCAUGGUGGCCAGGAUUCUCCAUGGAGGCAUGAUACAUAGACAAGGCUCCCUUCAUGUGGGUGAUGAGAUCAUAGAAAUCAAUGGGCAAAGUGUCAGCAACCACUCAGUCGACCAGCUGCAGAAGAUGCUGAGAGAAGCCAAGGGGACGGUCUCAAUAAAAGUCAUCCCCAAUCAGCAAAGCCGCCUCCCUGCACUACAGAUGUUCAUGAGGGCCCAGUUUGACUACGAUCCCAAGAUGGACAGCCUGAUCCCCUGCAAGGAGGCGGGGCUGAAGUUCAAGACCGGGGACAUCAUCCAAAUAAUCAACAAGGAUGACAGCAACUGGUGGCAGGGCCGGGUAGAAGGGUCCUCCACGGAGUCAGCAGGGCUGAUCCCCUCCCCUGAACUGCAAGAAUGGCGUGUGGCUAGUACAACCCAGUGCAGUCAGAGCGAAGCCCAGAGCUGCAGCCCCUUCGGGAAAAAGAAGAAGUGCAAAGACAAAUACCUGGCCAAGCACAGCUCAAUUUUCGACCAGUUGGAUGUGAUUUCGUAUGAGGAGGUGGUGAGGCUGCCAGCCUUCAAGAGGAAGACCCUGGUGCUGAUAGGUGCAAGCGGGGUAGGUCGUAGCCACAUUAAGAAUGCCCUGCUCAGCAAGAACCCAGAGAAGUUUGGGUAUCCGGCUCCAUACACCACACGCCCCCAGAAGAAGAACGAGGUGGAUGGGAAGGACUAUCACUUCAUCUCCACUGAGGAAAUGACCAGGGACAUCUCUGCCAAUGAGUUCCUGGAGUUCGGGAGCUACCAGGGAAACAUAUUUGGUACCAAGUUUGAAACAGUGCAUCAGAUCCACCAGCAGGAUAAAAUCGCCAUCCUGGACAUUGAGCCCCAGACUCUGAAGAUUGUUCGCACUGCCGAGCUGUCCCCAUUCAUUGUUUUCAUCGCGCCAACAGACCAGGCCAGUCAGUCGGAGGCCUUGCAGCAACUACGCAAGGAUUCGGAGAGCAUUUGCAGCCGCUACGCACACUACUUUGACCUGUCACUAGUCAACAACGGUGUGGACGAGAGCCUCAAAGUGCUACAAGAAGCUUUUGAGCAGGCCUGCAGCUCACCCCAGUGGGUGCCUGUCUCCUGGGUAUACUGAGCAGUUGUCCAACCCUGGCAGCUUCCUGCUACUCCCAUCCUGCAGAAUGGGAUGGAGGGAAACACCUGAUCUACAUAGCUCAACACCCAGCCCCCUUCUCUUUUAACAUUCUAUGGCCAGUGUCUCAUUUGGUCUAUUAUGCCCAGGGUAAGAGUGCAGGGCUCUCCAAGCUCAGGCUACAAGCCACCAGUCCUUGUGCAUCAGCACUACUGUAGUGUGACGCCUCCUCCCUGGGAUGUUGUUUAGGGGAAAAAUUCUAUUUUAUCUUAGGAUCUGUACCCUAGUGCUACACAAUUGGGGCCAUAUAGUACCCCUCCAUUCAGCAACACUCCUACUGAUCAUAGAGGGAAGCUUUCCCAAUGACUGAGGGGAAAAUAGGGGCCUGCUCUAGUAACUAACCCUGUGAGUAGUAGCUAUUUUGUGCUGUGCUUCACUCUUGAAGCUAGGAUGGAGGCACUUCUAACACCAUGAGCUCUGAACCUUAAUUGGCCAUUUGCACAUUGUUACCUGAUGCAGCUGGGCAGAAUGCACCAUUUGAAAACCCUGGCCCUAGUCUUCAGAGUCAGCACAUGCAUGAGAUGCAGGAGCAGUGCAAAUCACAAAGCUGUUUUUUCAGGCUAAGCCAGUGCUACCACAGCUUGUAUUCCAAGGGUUUUCUUCAUAAUCACAAGGGCUAAUUAUUUUUAACUGUGAGCUGGAGUUAGUCACCCCAGGGGCUGGUCUUCCAUGCUGGCUGUGUGGAGCUCCUGACUCAAGCCUGUGCAGUUGGCACUUGACACCUCUGACCAUAGUCAGACACCAAUAAGGCAGCAAUGAUUAAAAUAACACCCUGGAGUCAGUAAAUUAGAUUGGCUGGACCCACUUAUCUAUCCAUUGCAUUACAUAGCAACAAUAGGGCCCACUUGGAGCAGCAGUUCUUCAAACCAUAAUCAAUGUCAAGCUCAAAGGACCGUUUUGUGUGCUUUAUUGUCAGGGAGGGGCACAGGAAAGGGGAUUAACAUGUCUGAAAUCUGCAAUUUUUAAGGAUGCCAAAAAAAAAACCUGAUUAUGUGCAAUAGGGACCUUUAUUCUAGUCCAUGGCAGGGAAACACCCUGUAGCAAUAAAAGUGUGUUGAAGCAUUUGCUUGGUUUUAUGGUUUGUGCUGAGCUCAAUGGGUCACUAUCCAGUGAACUGCUCCCCCAGAAACCAGCUGAACUGCAGUAAUAUUCCCUACCCUUGGGAGACUCCCAUCAAAGCUGCAGCCCCCUUUGCCCUUGAAGAGCAGAAAAUGUACAGGACUAUGCCAUAGAGACCCUUAAAGGGGCAGGGAAUCACUGCUCAGGUUAUUCUGUCACAGGACCAGCACAAGCUGGAAUUACUCCCCACAAUCAAUUGGGAGGAGGUUUCUUCACCC